AUGGGUGCCCGUUGUGAAGGAAAGAAGGAAACGGUAAGGAAGGAAAGAAGCAGCCAGUUUAGAACGACUCUUGCUCCUUCCCCACGUCCCACGUUUCCACAGUACGUCCGCGCCGUGCCAUGGACGCCCACGCCCACCAGGGCAUGCCCACCCGCCCACUUCAGUGCGACGUCCACGCCCACACCCGCCCACGCCGCCUCCACCCAGUGGAAGGUACCUACCUGCGCUACUUCACUAGGUACCGUACGUACUGUACUCCGUACCAAAUGGAAGGCACCAAAAUACACCAAAAGGCAAGGUACCUCCUUCCUUACGUACCGACAUCUGCGCCCACGCUCACACGUCUCUCAAGUCCCUCACGUCCCUUCCUGGAAUCCUCGCACCCGUCCCGUCGCCCCAGUUCGGUCCUUCCCUUCCCUUCCCAAACCCACGACCGCUUCUCUUUUCGUCCGUCGCCGUUUCUCUUCCUCCCAAUCCCCCCUCCACUCCCGCUUACCCUUUCCUGCAGCAGUCAUCCUCCUGUCCUCCUCUUCUGCUGGAGAUCCCCUCAUCGCAACCUCCAAUCGUCCAUCCCCUUGCCCGUUUGUUGGCCCAACUGAUCUGCAAUAUUGCGACUGCGAAUCAUUCGCCUUCUUCGCUCGCCUACAUCACUCUAUCGACGCCUCCGAUCCCGCCGUAGCGAACAACCCACCCCCGGUACCUUCGUUUCCCACCGCCCUCGCAACUCAAAUCGCCUUUGCCUACCCGCUCCUUGCGACCGACCGAACCCCGCGUAAAGAGUCGUUUAUCUCGGAUCGAGAGCAAUUACAAUCAGCAACAAUUGUCUUCCUACCUACACCGUCAAAGAUUUGGUGGGUGCUCCCCCGCCUAAUGUCCGUCAUGAAAUCGCCAGCGGCCAAAAGUGACCGUGUGUUUCUCUCUCUGACUUGA